AUGCCGGAUCUUACAACUACGGAGGCAAAUACAUCAACCUCUGCAUUCCCUGUGGUUUCUUUCGAUAUCUGCGAAACUUACGCUUCAUUCCUGAAGAAUGAAGAGCUAUCGCCUCCACUGGCUGCAAUUCUAGCCUUGAGCAAGUUGAUCGAGACAUCCGAUGCUGGGACCAUGCUUGAGCUAGUCAAAGCUCUAAACGACGGUGCAGGAGCUUUGAAGGCCUCGACUUCCAAUCCGAUCAGUUUGAACGCUGGGUGCGAAUUAUUUAUCGCGUUUGUCACAUUGCUCCCGCAUGACUCCGCAAGCUUCUCCGAUUUAAAACUAGAGCUUGUUAGACAAGGCCAAAAAUAUGCUGCUGAGGCUCUCACUUAUCGCGAUAAAAUUGCCAGCCUUGCGCUAGGAUUCAUCAAAGAUGACUCAGUGAUCCUGACUCAUUCCUAUUCGAGAGUCGUGAUGAAGACCCUGCUCCGUGCCCACGAGAGAAAGAGAAUAUCGGUCUACGUGACAGAAGCACGGCCUCGCGGCUUAGGCCUACGAACCUACGAAGAACUUACCGCCGCCGGUAUACCCUGCACGGUGGUAUUGGAUUCGGCAGUAUCAUAUGUCAUGGACAAGGUAGACUUCGUUCUAGUGGGAUCAGAAGCUGUCGUAGAAAGUGGCGGCCUGAUCAAUGCCGUUGGCAGUAACCAGAUCGCAAUCAUCGCACAAGCCGCGAAUAUCCCUUUUUAUGCCCUCGCUGAGAGUUACAAAUUUCAUCGUCUAUUCCCGCUAUCGCAGUAUGACCUGCCAACGCACACAUCCAAUAUUCUGUCUUUCCCGUUAUCUUCGGGAGGCAAUGUUACGUCCCCGCCGACCGCGGGCGGGAUCAAAUCAUUACAUGAAAAGUCCACUAAUGCCGGUUGUAUACGACAGAUGACGUCCGAACAAAUUGCAUGCAACCCUGGAGUGGACUAUACUAGGCCGGACCUGAUUACGCUGGUAUUCUCCGAUGUUGGCAGCUUGACUCCUGAAGGGGUCAGCCAAUAUGUUGUGGGGAUGUUUGCAGGAUAA